CUUAAAUGUAACCUGCAAAAUGGCGAUGGCUAUGCGGAGCUCAAAACAACUGUUCGUGACGCACGUGGUGUGAAGAAGCUAUUAAUUUACGACAAUUAUUUUUCGCUACUGCGAUGUCGUUUUUUAUAAGAAGUAGUGCUCGAGGAGGUGGCCCACAGAAGCGUAAACUCAAUGGCCACUUUAGUAAGACAUCCAAAGCUCAGUCUACUUCAAAACAAUUGAGGAAAUCAAAGAAGCCUAAAUUUGACGACAACGAGAGUAUCGCCAGCACAGAUGAAGAACUCGCAGAAGAAAAUUUAAGAAAUGAAGCACAAAGUGAAACCGAGGAAGAGGAAGAAACUGCGCAAGAAAAACGUGUGAGACUUGUAAAGAAACGUCUUCAAGAAAUUGAAGAAGAAGAAAAAGACAGAGCAGAAUUUGAAGAGGGUGCAGUCGCACGGAGAUUGCGCGAGGAAUAUUUGGAGGAGAAGGGCCGAUUAAGGAAAACUAUAGCGAUAAAUUAUGUUGGCCACAGUGAGCUUACAACAUUGAGAUGUAAAGAACAUAAAUUGUCCAUUACUUGUAUUUGUCUUUCUAGCGAUGGCAAUAUAUUGUAUUCGGGAUCUAAGGAUGGCAGUUUAGCUAAAUGGUCAAUAAAGGAAAAGGUCAAAUUAAAAGCUAUUAGAGGAAACAGAGGAAAGACGAAGCCUGGAAUGAAAUCUGUACGAUGUUUGGCAAUUAGCACAGAUGGAAAGUUUUUCGUGGUGGGAGAUAGUGGAUGUAAAGAUAUAAAAGUGCUCUGUGGCGAUACCCUUAAUCAUAUAAAGAAUCUACAAGGUCACAGGGGUCCCGUAUCCGGAUUGGUAUUCCGUAAAGAUACUCACACGUUAUACUCCGCAUCUGAAGACAAGAGCGUGAAAGUUUGGAAUCUAGACGAUAUGGCUUAUGUUGAAUCCUUAUUCGGGCACCAGAGCGCUAUCACAUCUAUCGACGCACUUUCACGAGAGCGCGCCAUCACGAGCGGUGGUUUCGACGGAUCUAUUAGGAUAUGGAAAAUAGUCGAAGAGUCGCAGUUAAUAUUUAACGCGCACAACGGCGGCAGCAGUAUUGACGCGGUUAAGCUCAUCAACGAGGAGAAUUUUUUCAGCGGCGGUGACGACGGACAACUUUGCGUUUGGGGGUGUAUGAAGAAGAAGCCGUUGUGCUCGGUACCGGAGGCGCACGGAAAGGACGAAACCAAUGGUCAACCGAUGUGGAUUUCAAGUAUCGCCACACUAUUGAAUACAGAUUUAGUAGCAUCAGGAUCGCGGGACGGUACGAUCAAGUUGUGGCAAUGCGGUGAGAACUUCAGAUCGUUAAAUCCAUUGUUUGAAGUGAAAUUGGCGGGUUUCAUAAACGCGCUUGCAUUCACUCCCGACGGGAAUCAUCUUAUUGCUGGUGUAGGCAAAGAACAUAGAAAUGGAGGUUGGUGGCGAAUACCUGAAGCGAGGAAUGCUAUUGUUAUUAUACCACUAGUGCAUAAGCAAAAGACAAAUAAAUAAAUUUUAUAUCAAUUUUA